CCCCAGUGCAACCACUUCCUAUUGCAUUGGGCCCCGUCUGAUGACCACCUAUCAACCUCCCCGCCCUCUUCUAAAAACAUAAAGUACUGAACACUAACAUAUCUAGAGAUUUAAAAAGUCAUAUGUAUGGAUGCCCUGUGUACAUGAUGGAUUCAGCACUCACCUGGUGGAUACUUCUUUCCUGUCUGAUCAAGCAGGGGCAUUUAGAGCCUCACUUAUCAAAGCAAGAUUUUUCUCUCUUGGCUAUGGAUAAGGACCCAAAAUGUUUCACCAGGGAUCUAGAAGCCUUCACUUGCUUUUGGGAAGCACCUGCUGGAAAGUCCUAUUAUUUUUUCUACGAAAUAUCACCAGAAGAAAAAAGAUGUGAUGUGAAACAACAAACUUAUGAGGAGAACAAGGUCCUGCAUAUUUGCACAUUCCCAUCAAGUGACGUCUUUAUGUAUGUCAAGAUGCACCUAAGAGUGAUAGACAGGGACACCAACACAACCAUCUACAAUCGCACAGUCAGUGUGGAGGAUCAGCUUUUUCUGUAUCCUCCAACAAAUAUUUCCCUUCGUCCAACUGGCGACGUGCGCCAAAUGUUAGUUGAAUGGAAAGAAAUAAAACAAUUUCCAAUGAACAUGCAGUAUGAAAUUCAUUACAGAUCCAAAAACACAUCAAGCACAGUUAAACCGGUGUCAAAACGCUCCCAUAAGCUUGUGUCUCUGGUCGCAGGAGAGAACUGCACAGUGCAAAUGAGAGUCAAGCCCGGACGUGCUUUUUGGAGUGACUGGUCAAGUCCUGUAACAGCUAUGGUGCCACAAACAGCAGGUGACAUAAAGUUGCGGUGCCACACUCCAGAUCUGCAUCAAGUAUUAUGCCAAUGGAGAGGAGACAUUUAUGAUGACUGCAGAUACAGCUUCCACUACAGACAAAUAAACAGAAGUCUGUGGGAUAGUUGGAAGUUGUGUUCCAGAGACAACGACACUGUCCAUCAAUGUGUCUUGUAUGGGCAAGAGUCCAGUAUCUAUCAGUUUUACCUCCACGUUGGAUUGCAUCCAUUUGGUCGAAGGUUUUAUGCAGAAACUUUCAGUAUGAACAGCAGCAUCCAGACAAGGCCUCCAGAAGGUCUGAAGUCACAGCCUGAGGAAGGACGGCUUUGUUUGAUAUGGGAUCCACCCUUUUUGAAGAUCUCGCAGUAUCUAAAGUACCAGAUCCGAUACCAGCGGGAAGGAGAGAGUGAGUGGAAGGAUUUUACAACAUCCAGCUCCAAGACCAGCACUUGCUUGGAUGUACACAGAGGGAGUCAAUACACUAUCCAGAUUCGAGCCCAACCCAAUGGAUCGGUGUACAGUGGAGACUGGAGUGACUGGUCAAAACCUCUCUCCGCCCUCUUACCUUUAGGCAAAGAGUGGAUCUUCAUUGUCUGUAUACCAGUGGCUCUGCUUAUCAUUGCUUCUGCAAUGAUCUCUUUCUUCUCCAGAUACUUCCGGAAGUUUAAAAAGUCCUUGUGGCCAUCAGUCCCAAACCUUAACAAGGUGCUGGAAAGCUUUCUGACUGAUAUCAGUGGAUCACAUUGGGAGCCAACAUUCAACAUCAAGCAAUGUGACGAUGACACUGCUACGUCAGUACUGGAGAUUCUGCCCGAGAAAGAAACUUCAGUAAAAUUCUGUAAGAAGUCCACCUGUCUUUCUCUCCAUGAUCGUGGCUUCUUAGCUGAUGUAAAACAUAAGGAGAAUUUCAGAGAGGAUUUGGAGAUGGCUCAAGAUUAUGUCAUUUUGAACAACGAUAUGAUCCCAUGCUUUACAGGGAAUGACUAUGUGUAUGGGGAUGCUGCUUUAUCUCAUCUGGCUAAUGAAAAACUAAACUGUUGCCCCAGUACCUGUUCUACCACCUUCCCAGAAUGCAGCACAAAUAUUCUCAACCAUUCCUAUCUCCUUCUGGCAGAACAGUCUGAUCUUGAAGAGCAUCACUCAGCCUGUCGCCAGUAUACCAAUAUGGAGAUCACAGCAAUCGCGUAUGAAGCAAGUGGAGAGUGAGGUUCA